AACUACUUUCUGGCGGCGGUUCGUCCCUGAUCUCCAGGAGGUCCCUGUACCCCGCUUGGGCUCUCCUAAACCCUAAUCGUGACCGCCGCGCCAGCGCCAGGAACUGUAGUUUCGUCCUCGCGGCCUUCUCUCCCUCCAGUCGAACCGCGCCGACGAGCGACGACAACUGCUGCUGCAUUCUUCAAUGGCGACUGUGCCAGUUAACCCAAAACCUUUCCUGAACAACCUGACGGGGAAGCCUGUAAUUGUCAAACUCAAGUGGGGUAUGGAGUACAAAGGUUAUCUUGCUUCAGUGGACUCCUAUAUGAAUCUCCAGCUUGCCAAUACUGAGGAGUACAUUGAUGGGCAAUUCUCUGGAAACCUGGGAGAGAUUCUGAUCAGGUGCAACAACGUUAUGUAUCUCCGAGGCGUUCCAGAGGAUGCAGAGAUAGAGGAUGCAGAGUGAGAAGAUGUGAAUGUAAUUUGAUUCUGACAUGUAUGUUUGAAUACGCCGGUGACAACUAGACCUAUCGGAUCUUUAUGUUGUCAUUCUAUUGAAUGUGAGGAAUAUCAGAUUUCCUUGAAA